UCGUUAACACGCCAUGCACCUAUGGAAUAUAUGGUCGCUACUCAUCAUCGGCCAGUGUUGGAAUCACUGCGCAGUCAUCAGGCUAGUUGAUGCGGGUAUUUUAAACACCAUCUUGGGCGUUCCCAGCGAGUGUGUGCAUCAGAACAGCGUUUGGCCGUGUAAACUGUCGUUCUCCUGUUGGUUGCAAGGCGGUCGCCACGCAAAAGGCUGUGGCGCCAACAAAUGGUUAUUUUCCUGCUGCAUUGGCGGCAGUGGCAACACAAACACGGCGAACAAUGUAGUCAAUGCAGCAGUAGCGGUACAGUAUGGACUAUACCAAGGAAACAACGAUCAAGCACCAGCUGGAAAUCUCGUAGGCAACACGCUCAACGAUUACAAGCGCCACGCGGCUAGUGGUCCGAGUGCCACAGGUGCGAGUAGCAGUGGUGUUGGUGGUGGUGUGCUGCCCAAGCGCGUAAUGCUGAAGCGGCGCAAUGAGAAUGAUGUGUUCUUAAAGCCGGAAUGCGGUUUGCCACGCGCCGCACAACGUACGCUACAGAAGCGCAUUAUCGGCGGCAGGACGGCGAAUUUCGCCGAAUAUCCAUGGCAGGCGCAUAUACGCAUAGCUGAGUUUCAAUGUGGCGGUGUCUUGGUUUCACACAACAUUGUCGCGACGGCCGCGCAUUGCAUACAACAAGCGCGACUGCCGGACAUUUCAGUCUUUCUGGGUGAAUUAGAUACGCAGAAUUUGGGGCAUAUUCACGAACCGCUGCCGGUGGAGAAGCAUAAAGUCAUACAGAAGAUUGUGCAUCCGCGCUUUCAGUUUCGCAUGACGCAGCCGGAUCGCUUCGAUGUGGCGCUACUCAAGCUGGCCAUACCGACGGGGUUUAGCGAUCACAUUCUUCCUAUCUGCCUGCCACAGUUUCCCAUCGCUUUAAUCGGCCGCAAAGGUUUGAUCGCCGGUUGGGGCAAAACAGAGGCCAGUAUGGGUCACGCAGGCACUAAUAUGUUGCAAGUGGCAACUGUGCCAAUCAUUACAACCUUCGAUUGCAUACGCUGGCACGAGAGUAAGCGUAUCAAUGUGGAGCUUUAUAGUGAAAUGUUUUGUGCGGGACACUCGGAUGGUCAUCAGGAUGCAUGUUUGGGUGACUCUGGCGGCCCGCUGAUUAUCAAAGAACGCGGCCGCUUCAUAUUGGUUGGCAUCACUAGUGCCGGUUUUGGUUGUGGCGUCGAUCAUCAGCCGGGCAUUUACCACAAUAUACAAAUGACGGCUAAAUGGAUACAGGAAAUGAUUGUGCGCCAUGCCUGAGCGACGCAACUGCACGGAAACUUCAAUAAAAAAAAAUAUUAAAAAAAUAUUUUACAUAGAAACUUAGCUAAAUUUUUUUUCAAGACAUUUAGCGAAAUUGUAUUGA